CAAAGGAGCAAAAGUGUCAAAGCGCUGGAAUUUGGCAACAGAGAUUCGCGGGCAUCGCAACUCUGCUGACGGCAGUAUGGAUUGACAGAGCGCCCCACUGAGAUAUAAGAGGGGUGGAAACAGCCACAGGAGUGUGUGCUUGCCUAUGUGUGUGGAUUUCCACCACUCGUUUUACUCUGACUUCAACACACACACACACAAACACCCUGCCACAAUGUCACGGAGGGAACGGCCAUGGUCCGUGUACAGGGCAAACACUCUAGAUCUUGCCUCAGAGAUGCUUGGACUGGCACUGGAAGGAAACAGCCAAGACCCCGAUGAGCCAGUACUAGAGUUCAGUCUUGUGUGCAGUGAGCUGACCACACCAUCUCUGGACCGGAAACCCAACAGUUUUGUCGCUGUGAGCUGUACCACACCCCCUCAGGCUUUCUGGACCAAACAUGCACAGACAGAGAUCAUUGAGGGUACAAAUAAUCCCAUGUUCCUCAGCAGCGUGGCAUUUUUCCAGGACUCCCACAUUAACCAGCACACACAAGUCAAACUCUCUGUAUACGAUGUAAAAGAUCGCUCCCAAGGAACGAUGUACCUUCUUGGCUCAGCGAUGUUCCCAGUAAAAGAGCUUCUGCAGGAAAAGAACCACAGACUUGACUUGCCUCUCAGGUCAGCAGAAAAUAAGCAUGUGGGUAGUAUUACAGUCAUUGCCUGGCAGCUAGAGGAGAAGAGAGAUCACCAGACACCAAUCAAACAACUGCAAGACACCAUCAACGGCAGGACUGUCCUUUCUGUGGAUGAGAGUCUGACAGAGUCUGUGGGAGUCAGAGCAAAAUAUGCUUCGCUUUGGAAAGACUCCUUUCUACGAUCCGUAUUUGGUGGCACAAUGUCUCGCAUGUACCGUUUCCCCACAACCGAUGGGAAUCAUUUACGGAUCCUGGAGCAGAUGGCUGAGAGCAUCCUGUCGCUCAACAUCCCACGACAGUUCGUAAAACUCUUGCUGGAUGAGGAUUCUGCCAGGGUAUCUGAGCUGGAAGAGCUGGGCGAGUUAUCUCCGUGUUGGGAGAAUCUUCGCCGGCAGAUCGUGACGCAUUAUCAGAGCAUCCUUCUGACCUAUCAGGGCACACUCACGGACUUGCAGGAUUACAAAGGUCCAUCAUUCAAAGCCAGUAAUCUGAAAGCAGAGAGGAAGUUAGAAUUUAUGCCCACCAACCUUCAUGUGCAGAGAAUGAGGGUUCAGGACGAGUCUGCCUUUGAUCACACUUAUGAUGUGGUGACGAUAGGGGCCCCUGCAGCUCACUGCCAGGGCUUCAAAAGUGGUGGUUUGCGGAAACUCCUCCAGAAAUUCGAGGAGGCAAAGAAACUCAUUUAUGAGGAGGAAUGCUGUGCUCUCUCCAGCUCCCAAUCCAUCGUCUAUAUCCCUCAGGAUAUUGUUCGUGCCAAAGAAAUCAUCUCCCAUAUCAACACACUCAAGACUCAGGUCAGCUACUACGCUGAGCGCCUGUCCCGCUUUGCAAAGGAGCGUUCUGCUAACGGCAUGGAGAGAACCCUUGCCAUCCUGGUGGAUAAGACACGACAGCUGGUGAUGGUGUGUGACUGUAAGCUGCUAGCAUCUGCAGUGCAAGCCCUGAACGCAGCUAGACCUGAGUACAUCGCCUCUAAAAACUCCCCAUCGGCUGACUCAGAGCAGGUGAUGCUGAGGAAUGAUCAGGACACUCUGCUGGCCAAAUGGAGUGGCAGAAACAGUCGCUCAUCUCUUCAUGUUGAUUGGCAUGAGGAAGAGUGGGGAAAGGUGUGGGGGAAUGUUGACAAAAGUCUGGAGUGUAUAAUCCAGCGCGUGGACAAGUUGCUGCAGAGGGACCGACUGCAGAGCAGCAGCAGUGAGGACAUGUUUCAGGCUGACCAGCAGGGCGGCGCCAGUAAGAAAGGUAACAUGAGAAAACAAGCCUUCUGGAUCAACCCUGUCUGCGUGGAGGAGUCUUCCUCAGUCCCUGAACCACAACAACAGUCACCCUCCCCAUCAUCAUCAUCACCAUCUUCAUCCUCACCACCUAAUCUGAACCCUGCAUGCCACACUAGUGCAGAUUCACAUGCAUAUGGCAACAGCAGCAGUGGAGAGGAAAGUUACCCAGGUGAGUGGAGUGAGGCCCUUUAUCCCCUGUUAACGACUCUGACGGAGUGUGUGGCCAUGAUGAGUGACAAAGCCAAGAAGUCGAUGGUUUUCUUGCUCAUGCAAGACAGCGCACCCACCAUCGCUAUGGACCUCAGCCUGCAGUACCGCCGAGAUGUGGUCUUCUGUCAGACACUCACAGCACUUAUUUGUGGCUUCAUCAUUAAACUGAGAAACUGUCUUCGUGAUGAUGGCUUCCUGAGACAGCUCUACACCAUCGGUCUGCUUGCUCAGUUUGAGUGUCUAUUAAGUACUUACGGAGAGGAGUUAGCCAUGUUAGAGGACAUGAGUGUAGGAAUAAUGGAUCUCCGGAACGUGACGUUUAAGAUGACGCAGGCCAUCUCUACCUCUUCCCCUGACAUGCUGCCGGUGAUCACGGGAAAUCGCGAUGGGUUUAACGUUCGCAUUCCACUCCCGGGAAGCAUGUUUGACGCAUUGCCAAGGGAGAUUCAGAGUGGCAUGCUGCUGCGGGUACAGCCGGUGCUGUUCAACGUGGGCAUCAACGAGCAGCAAACACUCGCUGAGAAGUUUGGAGACACAUCUCUUCAGGAACUCAUCAACGUGGAGAGUCUGGCGCGACUAAGUUCUUACUACCAGCAAUUCAAGGAAGUUUUACCAGAGGACUGUCUUCCAAGCUCUCGAAGUCAGACGUGUCUCCCAGAGCUGUUGCGGUUCCUUGGUCAGAAUGUUCAUGCUAGGAAAAAUAAAAAUGUAGACAUCUUGUGGCAGGCUGCAGAGAUUUGUCGGCGACUAAACGGAGUGCGUUUCACCAGCUGUAAAAGUGCGAAGGACCGCACUGCCAUGUCAGUGACUCUGGAGCAGUGUCUGAUCCUGCAGCACGAGCACAGUAUGGCCCCACAGGUGUUCACACAGGCCCUCGACUGCAUGCGCAGCAUUGGGACCAGGGAAGGGGUUACUCAGAAGAACCUGAGCGGCUUAUUGCCUGUACGUGACUUCAGGCUGGACCCCAGUCUGCUCUACUCGCUGCCCCUUCUGGCCCUGAGCCCAAACCUGCUCAUCGUUUGGGUGUUCCUCAGCAUAGCCUAUCUGCUGGCCAAACUCCGCUGCAGCUGAGCCUAAGAUCCCCUUUUAACAGUCUUCAUGGCCCGCUUUACACCUGGCAUUAAUGUGCGUUUUUUUUCUCCGGAAAUAACGCUUUAAGCAACCUGCGGAAAUGGACCGCGAACGAGAGGAUUUGGGGAGGGAAAUAAGAGAUGCGUCCAUGUGCGUUCCUGUUGAAUGGGGCACAGCAGUCUGGUUCCAGAAGUAAAAAUCACAUCAUUUUUUGUUUUUUUUCCAAAAGGGGAUUUGGUUAUUGCAAUACAAUCCAUUUUGAGUGAGAAAAAGCCCAAAAUGUUACCUUUUUCACUUUAAAUGUCUUGGCGCAUGCACAGAGCACCUCUGAAUGAUGCAAUCGGGUCGGUCACCCUGCAGAAACUAUGCAUGAAUGUGCACAUUUUUAUAUUUUGCAAUAUACUUUAAACUGAUUCUGUACUUGUAAUUGACAACUUUAAACCUCCUGUGGUAUUGAAAAAGGGCACCUCCCUUUGGUAUUUGCAGUCAUUUUUGACCGGAUGGGAUAGAUGUGUAAUCCUUUUUUUUUAUAUGAUAAUGAUACCAAAUUUUCUUCCCUGAAGUACGAACAAGACAAUUAUGCAUUUCUUUGGGGAUUUUAUGCAUUUUUGAUCUUAUGUACAUUCAUUUUCAUAUACAAAUAAGCAUUUUUUGAAAAAUUUUAAAAUGAAUUGCUGCCAUCUGGUGAACAAAGUAUAAAUAACAUGACUUGAAAAGCUAACACCAAUAGAUGUCUGUUCAUACUGUGUAGUCGGAUGGCUUGUGGUAACCUAACUUUAUAUCUGAUCACAAGAUAUGCUUUUUUAUAUAUAUUUAGACAUUACCAAACUAUUAUUUAUCAAAGUUUAGCAUUUUAAAUUUGAUUUGAAGUGUCAGUUUUUGCAGUUAGUGUCAUUAUGCUGCAGUCAAACCUGACCAUGAUGUUACAAAGAGAAAUCACAGAAUAAAUAUUUUCUACCAAUAAUUUUUUCAAACAUAAAAAUUUUAAAUCUGAAAGUAAAUAUAUAAUAAUGUAAAUAAAAGGAACAUCAUGAACAUCACUCAUGUGAGUGUGUGUGUGUGUGUGUGUGUGUGUGUGUGUGUGCGUGUGUGUGUGUGCGUGUGUGUGUGUGCGUGUCUGUGUGUGCGUGUCUGUGUGUGCGUGUCUGUGCAUGUGGGUGAUUGUGUGUGUGAGAGUGUGUGUGAGAGUGUGUGUGAGAGUGUGUGUGAGAGUGUGUGUGAGAGUGUGUGAGAGUGUGUGUGAGAGUGUGUGAGUGUGAGUGAGUGAGAGAGUGUGUGUGAGUGUGUGUGUGUGUGUGUGUGUGAGAGAGAGUGAGUGUGAGUGAGUGAGAGAGUGUGUGUGUGUGAGUGAGUGUGUGAGAGUGUGAGAGAGUGUGAGAGAGUGUGUGUGAGAGUGUGUGUGAGAGUGUGAGUGAGUGAGUGAGUGAGUGAGUGAGUGAGUGAGUGAGUGUGAGUGUGUGAGAGUGUGUGUGAGUGUGUGAGAGUGUGUGUGUGAGUGAGAGAGUGUGAGUGAGUGAGAGUGUGUGUGAGUGUGUGAGAGUGUGUGUGUGAGUGAGAGAGUGUGAGUGAGUGAGAGUGUGUGAGUGUGUGAGAGUGUGUGAGAGUGUGUGAGAGUGUGUGUGUGUGAUAGUGAGAGUGUGUGAGUGUGUGAGAGUGUGUGAGAGUGUGUGAGAGUGUGUGUGUGUGAGAGUGUGUGUGAGAGUGUGAGUGAGUGAGAGUGUGUGUGUGUGUGUGAGAGAGUGUGUGUGAGAGUGUGAGUGAGUGAGUGAGUGAGUGUGUGUGAGUGAGUGAGUGUGAGUGAGUGUGUGUGAGUGAGUGUGUGUGAGUGAGAGAGUGUGAGUGAGUGAGAGUGUGUGUGUGUGUGAGAGAGAGUGUGUGUGAGAGUGUGAGUGAGUGAGUGAGUGUGUGUGAGUGAGUGAGUGUGAGUGAGUGUGUGUGAGAGAGUGUGUGUGAGAGUGUGAGUGAGUGAGUGAGUGAGAGUGUGUGUGAGUCAGUGUGUGUGAGUCAGUGUGUGUGAGUGAGUGAGUGAGUGAGUGAGUGAGUGUGUGUGAGUGAGUGUGUGUGAGUGAGUGUGUGUGAGAGUGUGUGAGAGUGUGAGUGUGAGUGUGAGUGUGAGUGUGAGUGUGAGUGUGAGUGUGAGUGUGUGUGUGUGUGAGAGUGUGAGAGUGUGUGAGUGUGUGUGAGUGUGUGUGAGAGUGUGUGAGAGUGUGAGUGUGUGUGAGUGUGUGUGAGAGUGUGAGUGUGUGUGAGUGUGAGAGUGUGUGAGUGUGUGUGAGAGUGUGUGAGAGUGUGAGUGUGAGUGUGUGAGAGUGUGAGAGUGUGUGAGUGUGUGAGUGUGUGUGAGAGUGUGUGAGUGUGUGAGAGUGUGAGAGUGUGAGAGUGUGAGAGUGUGUGUGUGUGUGUGUGUGUGUGUGUGUGUGUGUGUGUGUGUGUGUGUGCACCCUGUAAUGUUUGUCUUUUUUUCUGCAUUGUGGCUGAUUUAUUGAUUGUAUUUGACAGAUCAUAAAGAAA